UUCAGUAGUUAUUCACUCGUUCCUUUCAGCCAUCAUGUUUUCGAAGUUUGUUUUAACACGGGUUUCCAAGAGGAUAUGCUACACUUUCUCUACAUAUGCAUCCAGGGGGGCGAAAAAGAAUAAAAAGGCUGCAGCAGCAGGAAAUGGGUCUGGAGACAAGCUGAAAGAGAUGAUGCCUCCUCCAGAAUUCCUGGCAGAGCGUCAGCUUUUGUGGGACCAGUUAAAGAAGGAGGCUGAUGAAGAAUUAGCUGCUAAACCUUCCUCGCCAAUCAAAAUAACCUUGCCUGAUGGGAAAGUGGUGGAUGGCCAGUCCUGGCGUACCACUCCAUAUGAGGUCGCGAAGGGCAUCAGUCAAGGCUUGGCUGAUAACUGUGUGGUAGCCAAAGUGAAUAAUGUAGAAUGGGACCUGGACAGACCAUUUGAGUGUGAUGCUUCUCUACAGCUACUCAAAUUUGAUGACAAAGAAGGUGAAUAUGUUUUCCGCCACUCUAGUGCUCAUAUCUUGGGUGAAGCGAUGGAGAGGCUUUACGGGGGACACCUGUGUUAUGGACCCCCAAUAGAAGGAGGGUUCUAUUAUGACAUGUGGUCAGAUGGCAGGAAUGUAUCCACUGAGGACUACCCUGCAAUGGAAACGAUGGUAAAAAGCAUUGUCAAAGAAAAGCAGCCCUUUGAACGUCUUGUGAUGACCAAGGAAAACCUACUUAAGAUGUUUGCUUACAACAAAUUUAAGCAAAGGAUCUUGAAUGAGAGAGUGACCACCCCCACUACCACUGUCUACAAGUGUGGUCCUCUGAUUGACUUGUGUCGAGGUCCCCAUGUCCGACACACUGGCAAAAUUAAGGCUAUGGCUGUGACUAAGAAUUCAUCCACAUACUGGGAAGGCAAGGCUGAUGCUGAGAAUCUUCAGAGAGUUUAUGGGAUCUCCUUCCCUGACUCUAAACAGCUCAAGGAGUGGAAGCACUUCCAGGAGGAGGCUGCUAAAAGGGACCAUCGUAAACUUGGACGGGAACAAGAAUUGUUUUUCUUCCACGAUUUAACUCCUGGGAGCUGUUUCUUUCUCCCAAGAGGAGCUCAUAUCUACAACACUCUGGUAGAUUUUAUGAAGGUUGAAUACAAAAAGCGAGGUUUCCAGGAAGUGAUCUCUCCAAACAUCUACAACAGUAAGCUAUGGGAACAAUCUGGUCACUGGCAACAUUACCAGGACAACAUGUUCCAGUGUGAAGUAGACAAGGAGAAAUUUGCCCUCAAACCGAUGAACUGUCCCGGCCAUUGUUUGAUGUUUGAUAUGCGUCCACGAUCCUGGAAGGAACUCCCGUUGAGAAUGGCAGAUUUUGGUGUACUACACAGAAAUGAAAUCAAAGGUGCUCUAAGUGGUCUGACCCGUGUCCGAAGAUUCGCACAAGACGAUGCCCACAUCUUCUGUACUCCAGACCAGAUCAAGGAGGAGAUGGCUGGCUGCCUUGAUUUUCUGAAGCAUGUGUAUACUGUGUUUGGAUUUACUUUCAAACUGUUCCUUUCCACUCGUCCACAGAAAUUUUUGGGAGAUAUCGCUGUGUGGGAUGCAGCAGAGAAGCAACUAGCAGAAUGUUUGGAUGAAUUUGGAGAAGGCUGGGUGUUGAACCCUGAAGAUGGUGCUUUCUAUGGGCCAAAGAUUGAUAUUACAAUUAUGGAUGCCCUGAAACGUUCACAUCAAUGUGCCACGAUACAGCUUGACUUCCAACUGCCACUCCGUUUCAAUCUCUCUUACGUCACUGGAGAAGAUGCUGCAGAAAAGAAACGACCUGUAAUUAUUCACAGAGCUGUCCUAGGAUCCAUGGAGAGGAUGAUGGCCAUUCUUUGUGAGAAUUACAGUGGCAAGUGGCCAUUCUGGCUAUCUCCACGGCAGGCAGUUGUGAUACCAGUUGCUCCGAAUUACAACAACUAUGCCACUGAGGUGAAGAAUCAGAUCCACAAUGCAGGCUUCAUGUGUGAAGUUGAUGCUGAUGAGAGUACCACUCUCAAUAAGAAAGUCCGCAACAGUCAGCUGGCCCAGUUCAACUUCAUCCUAGUGGUUGGGGAAAAGGAAGUGAGCAACAAAACAGCUAAUGUUAGGACGAGAGACAAUAACGUUCACGGGGAACACACCAUUGACAACAUCAUCACCCGUUUCCUGGCUCUAAAGGAAUCUAAGUGUCUCGAUGCUGAGGAGAAAUUCUAAACUACAAUCAUAGUGUAAUAGAGGAUUUUUAUUUAUUUGUGAUCUGAGGCUUUAUGUACUAUGCUGUAUGGUGUGCUCUUCAAGUGGACAUUUUUUGAUGAUUUGCACUGUUACAUCAAGAUUAUAAUGAUGCAGUAUUUCUUCAUAUUUCGUACUGCAUCUCUAUUAUAUUAUUAGAACACUCUGGUUUGUGAUAAAUGUUUAUGGAAAUUGAAAGGAAAUACAAGUGACUUCUAUUCUAUAAUGUAUUUCCUGUUCUAACUCCAGUAAUCACUAUGAUACAGCACUAUGUGACUAUUUAAUAAAUAUCAUUAUCCGGUGCAGUGUAGAAGACUGUGUUAAGAUUAAAAGACUCAAUGAUUAUAAUAAAAGUGAUUAAACCUGUUGUAUGAUUGUUUGAAAAGUCCUUUAGUUGUCUAUAGAGUAUUUUGAUUUGAUGCUAAAUCAUAAACUACAGGGCUGGUACUAUGCUCCCUGAAAAUUUUCAAGGAGCAUAUAGUCGCAGGCUUGUCUAUCCAUCUAUAUUUCUGUCUGGCCUUUUGUGUACAAAGCAUAACCUUGCCAACAUUCAAGCACGGAUCAUAAAACUUGUUGUAGACAUUGGUCAUACAAAGACAAUGCAGUUAACCAAAUUCAGGGCCUGCAACCUCUCAAUUAACGUAUUAAUUGCCAUGUGUUAAAAUUGUCAUAUCUGGAGCAUAACUUUGCUGGUAUUUUACCUAGGGUUAUGAAAUUUGGUCUAUACAUGUCGUUCUAAGAGGAUGUGCAGUGUUGCAAACCUAUUAAUUACAGAGUUAUUGCCCUUUGUCAAUUUUGUGUCCACUUAAGUUCUUUUUGGGGAGCAUUUAUUAGUUUCCUUGAUGUUCUUGUAUUAAAUUUUUUGCAGUGAUAUCAAUAUCAGUACUAAACAGUUACUUGUUUCCCCUAGUUUCCUAGAAGUACACUGUUCUAUAGCAACCUUCAUAAAACUUGCAUUAGUUCUGUUUUGGAGCAAAAAAAGAAAUAUUCAAAUUAGCUCGAAAUUUUGUACAAUCCUUUAGUAUUUUAAGGUAGGGGACAUGACUUUGUAUUUAGGGGUAUUGCCAUUGUCAUCACAGUUCAAAUGUAUAGCAAUUUUAUGUAUAUAAUAUAUGGAUAUUGAGAUCCAGAAUUUUUCAGUUUUAAGAAUUGGUAAUUAUUUCUUCAUUUUUCUUACAAAGAAAGAUUUCAUUACACAAUGUAUGAAGUUCAACCUCUCUAAGAAGAGGCAUACCCUUAUAAAGAGGGUGAAGUAAUAUUGUUACUUGAUGUGAUCUAUAAUGGAGGAGGAAGUGCAAUUUUUUCAUUGGCAGUUAUGUCCCUUCGGUAAUAUCAUACAUAGUAAUUUUAGCACCACCCUGUAACAACUGAAUGCAUUCAUGUUGAUAUCUUAACACACCAAAAACCAACCAUGAAAAUUCAUUUGUGAGCAUUUUGUUACUGAAACAGGGUCUGUAUUUUUCUUGAUUUCAUCAACUACCUGUGGUAAUGAGAAAAUCUAUGAUUAACGCUGAGUAAGUUCAAUGUGAACACAUUUUAUCAAUGCAAACGACACUUGUAUUAUUAUAUUCCCUUGAUUUCAAUAAAGUCUAAUGAUGUGUC